GUCGUUUUUCUUUGUGUUCAUCGUAUUGGACGAUUGUGUGCAAAAUCUUGGCUCUUGAAACGCAUUUUAACCCGCGCAAUCAGCACCUCGUAAAAGUGGUUCUUAAUACCCUCCAACCGGAUUCUGUGGUACUUCCAACUUCAACUUAGGCAAAAUAGCUACAGCCUUAACUCGUUACCAAUAACGUUUUUUUUUUUUUUUUCUUUGACAGGUAGUUGAUCAUGUUAGCUAUCCUUCGGUACCUAGACAUCAUCCUAUCUCGUUAAACUGACCAAGAACGAGCUCUUGGCGCGGGGGGUGGCUUAAGUGGUUCUUAAUACCCGCCGCUACUUAGGUUCCCUUUCGUGUGGAAGAACAAUCAGGACGGCGUGGCGGUUCGCGCGAAAACUCGUGUAGUGGUGCAAGGCUUUUACGAAGCUGAUACGGGGGCCUAAAAGGCGGCGCCGGUGGCGUCCAUGGAAUCCGUGCACAUGGUGUUAGCAGUUGCUGCCAACAACCAUCUCGUCCUGAAGCAAUUGGGUAUCAAGACGGCAUUUCUACAUGCCAUAAUCCCCGAAGAGGCGGAGCCUACAUACGUCAUACCGCCGAAGGGAUUCCCAUGUUCGCUGGGUCAAGCUAAACAAGUCUGGCUUCUCAAGGCGUGGCUCUAUGGCCUGCGCCUGUCCCCGAAGGGAUGGAACGUGGAUCUGGGGGAUGCGAAGUUCCUUCUGGGAAUGGCCAUUCAGCGCCAUCUCAACGCCGGAACACUUCUCCUGACGCAAGAGGCGUACACCAAGGCGUGCUGGCUAAGUUCCAUGGCUGACGCACACCCGACGAAGACGCCGGCUGAGGUUGAGCCGAUCACUACGGCGGAGGAUGAAGUGCUUUCGCCAGAGGACACCAAGAACUUCCGGUCGGCUACGGUCGACUACGGGGAUCGUUCUAUUCCUAGCCGGUGGACGGUGGACUGGAGGGCGGCCAAACAACCGCUGGUGGCCGUCUCAUCGGUGGAGCCGGAGUACGUACGUGGCGUUGUCCAAGGCUUGCCAGCUCAUCAUCCCCUUCCGCGCCCACUGAAGACUAUAAACCGUGCCCAGAAGGAGGCAACGGUGAUUUACGAGGAUAACUCCGGGGCUAUAUUGACUAGCCUUAGCUCCAAGAUCACGCCCAGGACCAAGCAUAUUGAUAUCAAGUAUCACCACAUCAGGUCGCUGAUCCAGGAUGGAGUCGUAAAGGUCGAGAAGAUCGAGUCAGCAAUGCAGAAAGCUGACAUGUUUACCAAGAGUUUGGGUGCUGUGAAGUUCAUCAAGAACAGCAUGAUGCUCCUUCGAGAAUAA